UAUAUUAUAACAGUGGCGUAGGUUAAAGUAUGAAAGUCGCGAACGUUCCACACAGCACAUAUUUGAACGUUACAAUUGCUAAACAUUAUGUGUGAAAAAGAAUUAUAUAAUAAUAAUGACCAGUUUAGGUGAUAGAGUAGUAGAAUAGUUUAAAAAUAAUGAUUUACCUUAAAACUAAGACUGAUUGUUGGUGUGAGGAUUGGCUGUUAAGAGGAAAUUCUAGAUGACCAUGAAUGAAGAAGAUUUUUCAUCACUGACGACCGUCUCGUCCUUCGACGGAGGAGAGUCAUCAUGCAAGGAUAUUGUGAAUCAAGAUGACGCUGUGAAUCUUUCACCCUCAAGUCUUCUAGUCGAGUCUUUGGUUGCCCAACUCAGCAUCCUCUUGGAAGAAGACCCACAGAAACAACAGAAAUUGUAUCUCAAUAUCUGCCAGGCUCUACGACAGAUGAACCUCGUUGGAAAGAGCUACAAACGAGACGAUUUGCAGAUAUUGCGCACCCAGUACCAACAAGCGCUUUGCAAGUUUUUAAAUCGUGCUAAAUUAACAAAUGUAGAUAAUAGAGAGACUUUAUGGAAAACUUUAAAUCCAAUACCACAGUUAUCAAAUGGUAUCAUAAAUUGGUCAAGAUACUCCACAGAAUUUGAAGAAUUGGCGUUUAUUGCACACGGAGGUUUUGGCAGUGUUUAUAAAGCAAGGCACAGGCUUGACGGAGGUUUAUACGCUGUGAAGAAAAUCAAUUUAAAAGUGAACCGCAGCCUAAAAGAUAUAAUGGAGGUACGGACUUUAGCCAGACUUAAUCAUCCAAAUAUUGUUGCUUAUAAAGCAGCUUGGCUUGAAAUGAUCGAAAAAGAAUCCCAUCAACAGUUGUCGAUAAAAGAUUCAGAGAAUGAGAGCAAAAAAUCUAGCAGCAAAUCUUUAGAAUUUAUUGUUUUCGACAAAUCAUCAGAAUUGAUCAUUUCUAAUUGCUCAAAAGAGAACAGCAGUUUGAUAAUGAAUGAGCAAAAUAAUGUUUCUGAAUCGUCGUCAUCUUCAUUAAGUUCCUUUAGCGUACAGCAAAAGAUGGUCGUGCACAAAUAUCAAAUGGCGAAUUCCCAUUUCCAGGGAUUGUCACAUUUUGCCACUCUCUACAUCCAAAUGCAGCUUUGCCAACAGACGUUGCGCCAAUGGCUUGACAUCAGAAACCGAGACAGUUCGACUCCAGACUAUAACAUUUGUAAUAAUAUAUUUAAAAAAGUUGUGAAGGGUGUUGAGUACAUACAUUCACAGGGAAUCGUCCAUCAUGACAUUAAUCCUAAUAACAUUUUUAUCAGUUAUGAUCUCAAGGAAGUUCAAGUCGGAGAUUUUGGCCUUUCGUGCUGUAUUGCCACCCAUCAAUCGCAAUCACUGCUCUCAGCUACGCAUCCACAUGGUGAAGUUGGAACUGUCCCUUAUGCUGCUCCAGAGCAAGCCAAUGGGACUUGCAACCCUAAGAGUGAUAUUUACAGCUUGGGCAUUGUUUUGUUUGAACUAAUUCUACCGUUUAAAACGUCGAUGGAACGAAGCGAAAUGGUAAAGAAGCUAAAGUCUGGAAACAUCCCUACAGAUCUCACUGCUAAAUUUCCUAACUGGGCAAAAAUCAUUAGCAGGACAGUGGCCAGCCUUGAGAAAAGACCUACAGCCUCAGAACUGCUAAAAGAGAUGGAGGACUCGAACACAAAAAACACCCUCAGCAAGAUAAAAGACCAGGAGACUAUAAAUAAGCUUAGAAGGGAAAACAUGGAGAAGGACCUGGAAAUUAAAUUUUUAAAGCGUAAACUCAGAGAAAUCCAAAAACAAAAAUGAUCACAUCUGAGGGUUUGUCAACUAUUAAAAGUAGGAAAGUUGGUUCUAGCCUACUUGAUCGUCUACACAUUCCAGACCUGCACUGUCCAUCUUUUGCUGCAAUGUGUUAUUUGUGUAGGCCCACGUCUUGCCUUCUUGAGUGUGAUUCAAACGGAUAGUUUUGAUCAACCAUAUGUCAUUGGUCAAUAUUUUCAGUUUCGUAACAAACGUUACAACGAAAAUCCUCCAUUUGUACUUUAUUUUAUAUAUUUUUAAUACAGAUGGGAGGUAUUGAAAAGUUUUAAAAAUUCAAUUGUGAUAUUUAUUUAAAAAAAAAUUUUUUUUUAAAACAAAAACCUCCAUGUUUGAAGAAUCAUUCAAUUAAUUUAAAUCAUGUACAUUAAAUUCAAUAGGAUAACUAAAUAUAUUUAUUGUAAUUGCAGUAGAAUUUUCUAGUUUUGUCGAAGUUUCAUAAGUUUUCAUAUUACUUCAUGAUAAUAAUCUUAUUUAGAGUUGGGAUGGCUGAAAUCCCUUUGCUCCAUCAGAAAACCAUGUCUUUCCAGUCAAUAAUGUGUUCAACACUAGGUGACAGCCAUGAAAUUUAUGUAUGUAAUAGUUUAAAAUGAAAUUGCCAUGUUUACAA